GAGAGAGGGACGGAGAGAGGGACGGAGAGAGGGAUGGAUAGAGGGAUAGAGAGGGAGACGGAGAGGGAGACGGAGAGAGGGACGGAGAAGGAGACGAUGGAGCAGGAAGGGAUGAGGGAUGGAGCCCCGGACAACGGGGCCCUAGAUUCAGGGUCCCCUACACGGCAAGGAACCUCGGGGCCCCCAGGGGCCUCGUCUCCCUCCUCCCACAAGCUGGGCUUCUCCUACAACCGUGAUGCUGACCUCAUCAAGAAGAAGAGGGCCAGCCUCCGUCACUCUGAGUCUGAGACCGCCUCCGACUGCAGCAACCCCACCCCUGACAACCACGCUGACACGCCCACUAAACAGGAGCCAACGCCCGUCCCCAGCUCCCCAGUGGAAAAGAAGGUGCAGUCUCGGCAGGAGGAGCUGAAGGAAAGAGCCAGGCUUCUCCUGGAGCAGGCCCGGCGGGAUGCUGCCAUGAAGGCCGGCAGCAAGCACACAGCCAGUUCAACUAACUCAGCCCCAGUUAAAACACCACAAGUCACUGACGUAAGUGUGUGUGUGACUUGGAUGUAG